GCUCAAAACAGGUGUGGGUCCAGAACGACACACAGUUUCAGUUUUGGCAGCAGCAUCCAGUGCCCUGCUGGCAACUUCCGGAGAGAAGGAGGCCACCGACUGGCCAGCAAGCUGUGACCCCAAAACCCUGGUAAUAGGAGAGAAGGAAGUGGCUAAAACAUCUCACACAAGAAGUUGGCCUGGGCAGCACAGCCCCACUCAGGAGCUCCGGCCAUGACCCUCUUCUUCCUCACCUGCCUGUUGGCUGUCUUCUCAGUGGUUUCCAUGAAGAGUCCCAUAUUCGGUCCCAAGGAGGUGAGUAGUGUGGAAGGCAGCUCGGUGUCCAUCAAGUGCUAUUACCCAGCCACCUCUGUCAACCGGCAUUCCAGGAAGUACUGGUGCCAGCAGGGAGCCAGGGGCCGCUGCAUGACCCUCAUCUCCUCGGAGGGCUACGUUUCCAAGGAAUAUGAGGGCAGAGCCAACCUCACCAACUUCCCGGAGACCAACAUGUUUGUGGUGGACAUUGCCCAUCUCACCCAGAAUGACACUGGGCACUACAAGUGUGGUCUGGGCAUAAGUAGCCGAGGCUUGUCCUUUGAUGUAAGCCUGGAGGUCGGCCAGGGUCCUGAGCUCCCAGAGGGCACACAGGUCUACACAGCAGACCUGGGCAAAAGUGUGAUCAUCAAAUGUCCUUUCAAAUUUGAGAAUAUUCAGAAGAAGAAGUCAUUUUGCAAGAAGUCAGGCCAGAGCUGCCCCGUACUCAUCGACUCCAAUGGGAAUACUGACCCCAGCUAUAAAGAAAGAGCAAAAUUAACUAUCCAGGGUACGAGCUCAUUGGAGUUCCAAGUCUCCAUCAAACAACUCCAGCUCAGAGAUGCUGGCAUAUACAUCUGCAAGAUCGGAGACCGCGAGCCCAGCGAUGAGCAGAGGGUUGUUGACCUCCAAGUGCUGAAGCCCGAGCCUGAGCUGCUUUACGGAGAUCUGAGAAGCUCGAUAAACUUUGACUGUGACCUGGGCACCGAGGUGGCAGAUGUGCCCAAAUUCCUGUGCCGGAUGACCAAGGGGGAAGCCUGUGAUGUAGUCAUCAAUACCCUGGGGAAUAAGACUACAGCCGUUGAGGGCAGGAUCCUGCUCACCCCCAAGGACAAGAAAGGCUUCUUUAGUGUGGCGAUCACGGGCCUGAAGAAGGAGGACGCAGGGCUCUACCUGUGCGGAGCCCACCCCUCAGGUGGGCCAGCAGAAGGCUGGCCCGUCCAGGCUUGGCAACUCUUCGUCAAUGAGGAGACCAGGAUUCCUCAUAGUCCUUCUGUGGUGAAAGGUGUGGCAGGGGGCUCUGUGGCUGUGCUCUGCCCCUACAACCCUAAAGAAAGAGACCACCCGAAGUACUGGUGUCGCUGGAAUAACACUCAAAAUGGCCAGUGCCCGCUGUUGGUGGAAAGCGAGGGGCUGGUUAACGAAGAGUACGAGGGCAGGCUCGCACUGUACGAGGAGCCGGGCAACGGCACCUACACCGUCGUACUCAACAGGCUCACCUCCGAGGACGCUGGCUUCUACUGGUGCCUGACCAAUGGCGAUGUUCGCUGGAGGUCCACCGUGGAGCUCAGGAUUGUGGAAGGAGAGCCAAACCUAAAGGUACAGGAGAAUGUCACUGCUCAGCUGGGAGGGACUCUCAAGCUCCCCUGUCACUUCCCAUGCAAGUUCCACUCUCAUGAGAAAUACUGGUGCAAGUGGAGCAACAGGGGCUGCCAGGCUCUGCCCAGCCAAGAUGAAGGCCCCAGCCAGGCCUUCGUGAACUGCGACGAGAAGAGCCGGAUCAUCUUCUUGACCCUGAACCCAGUCACCAAGGCCGAUGCGGGGUGGUACUGGUGUGGGGUGAAGCAGGGCCACCGCUACGGAGACACUGUGGCCAUCUAUGUGGCCGUGGAGGAGGCAGCAGAAGGGUCCCACAACAUCAACCAAGGAAGUGCUUCUCCCACUGAGGAGGUGGUGGAGCCAAAUGUCAGGGUGGUUGAGAACAGAGCCAAACUGGAUCCCAGCCUUGUCGUUGAGGACAGAGAGGAUACUGGAGACCAAGCUGGUGGGAGCAGAGCUGUCGCUGAUGCUGGCAGUUCUGAAGGGCAAGGCGGCAGCUCCACGGUGCUGGUCUCCACCCUGGUGCCCCUGGCCCUGGUGCUGGCGCUGGGGACCUUGGCUCUGUGGGUGGCCAGGGCCCGGCACAGGAGGAACGUCGACCGGAUUUCAAUUAGAAGCUACAGGACAGACAUUAGCAUGUCGGACUUUGAGAACUCCAGGGAUUUUGGUGCCAAUGACAACAUGGGAGCCUCUUCAGUCUCUCAAGAGACAUCCCUUGGAGGAAAGAAUGAGUUCGUUGACACUGCCGAGAGCAUCACUGAGAAUGAGGAACCCAAGAAGGCAAAAAGGUCAUCCAAGGAAGAAGCCGACAUGGCCUACACUGCCUUCCUGCUCCAGUCCAGCAACAUGGCAGCCAACGCCCAGGCUGGCAGUGGUGAAGCCUAGGAGCAUGCUGCUGCUCCUCCCGCUGCCCUUCACGAUCACCUUCACAGUCACGUUGAUCCGCAGGGCCCCCAGCUUCCGGGCCUCCCACUGCCUGCACUCACAGCCCGCCUAGGCUUUUCCUAUCUGGUCCCCUCCCAGUGGCAUCGAAGCCUGGUCUAAUUGUUCCUGUGGGGGUACCCACCUGCAACUUAUUCGUAAUGUGGGAAACUAAGGCAUGGAAGGGGAAUUACAAUCUUAGAGGGGCCUCUCAGAAAGAAGAGAGACAAGGGUGGGUGGAGAGCCAAUUUCAGAAAGGAGAGCUGUGUAGGGCCUCUGUGCUCCCUUAUUAUGGGAUGUCAAUGGGAUUUGCCCCUCUGCUCCCCCCUGUCUUCCUUCCUCUCUUUUUCUUUCCUUCAUUGAAAAUACAUAUUUGAAUACUUGUUAGAGUCCAGGGGCUCUGCUCGACACCAGGACAGGUAUGCUGCAAACCCAGCCAAUAGCCUUCCUGUAUAUAUCAUUGGACCCUUGGGAGCCACGGCUUCUCUUGGUGCAUUUGAAUCCCUAAGACCUUAAAUCCUUACUAGGUCUCCUCAUCUCAGUCCUUUUUGAGAGAAACAGGGACUCAAGGAUCAAGUGACACAGAUACACAUACAAAUAAUCAUAAACAUUCACUCUUGCAACUUCAUAAGUGAGAAAAUUGCGCUCCUGAGAGGGGAAGAGGUUUUUCCAAGAGCACUAAGUGUGAUAAACCAGUGUCAAAUCUAGAUUUGGCAUCUCCUGUCCUCUUGACCAGAGCUCUUUCUGCAAGGGCCACUGCUCCCCUCAUGGAGGAGAAUAGGAUAAGAAUAGGAGGAGGAGGAGAAAGAUGUAAAAGGAGCCACAUCUCUCACAGAACCCACCUUGGGAAGAUGACACUUUACUUUUCUGUCACUCUUACAGACCUAGGAAGAUGAAAGAACAAAUGCUCAAAAUCCCUUAUAUUUGAAGAGUUCCUAAGAAGGGAAGGCAAGAAGGUGUUGAUGGUGCUGGGAGGGGCUACUUUCAAAGAGCUAACUAAGGUUUAAGGUCUUUUUUUCCUCUGAACUCUGUACUUCAACCAGCAUCUACAAGCUGGCACUUGCUAACAAAUCAAAAAUAUUACUUAAUUCAUUAACAAUUAAAGACUGUGAUUAAGAUUAACAACUG